AUGGAGACAGACCGCAGUUGGAUGUACAAGAGCCACACAAACGGGCUACUAACCACAGUGUAUAAGGAGCAUGUGAAGGAGUUUGUCCGGUUUGCAUUACGGCAUCCGGCUUGUAUGAGUGGGGUACAGAUAAAAUGCCCCUGCCCUAAGAGAGGUUGUCGAAAUACAAGCUAUCGGGAUGUCGAUGAGGUGGAAUUCCAUCUAUUGAAGAAUGGGUUCGUGAAAGGUUACCAAGUAUGGGUUUUUCAUGGCGAGGGGAGCGUUUUGAACCCCCCUCCCCUUGCACAGUUACCAGAGCAGGAUGUUGAGUUCGACUAUGAAGAUGAGGGGCCAGAUAUGAUGCGUGCGGCUGAAGAAGACAUAUGGCCUGGGAAUAGCAGACAUUCUCCAUUUUCUGCAUCUGCUAAAGUGAUGGAGAUCAAGUGUCGACAUAAGGGUUCGGUAGCUUUAGUUGACGACGUAUGCGGAUUGAUACAGGAGCUGCUCCCGGAGGACAACAAGAUGCCAACGAAUUUUGCUAAGAUUAAGAAGCUGGUCAAAGGUUUGGGGUUGCCGGUUGAGGUUAUUGAUUGUUGUUUCUAUAACUGUAUGAUUUAUUGGGGGGAGGACGCGGAUCUAACGCACUGCAAAGUUUGUAAUUAUGCGCGGUGGAAACCUGUGACCCAAGGAAAAUCCACAACAAGAAAGGCUAACGUGCCAUAUAGUAAAAUGUUCUAUUUUCCAAUAACUCCGAGGCUACAGAGGUUGUACGCUUCGAAAGCCACUGCUCGGCAUAUGACCUGGCACGCAGACCACGAGAUGGAGGGUGAUAAGAUGUGCCACCCGUCCGACUCUCCGGCUUGGAAACGUUUUAGUGAACUGCAUUCUGAGUUUGCCGAUGAAGGGAGAAAUAUCAGAUUAGGCUUAUGCUCCGAUGGGUUUCAGCCAUUUACCAAUUUUGGGCAGCAGUAUUCCUCGUGGCCGGUCAUUUUGACGCCGUACAAUCUCCCCCCAGGCAUGUGCAUGAAGGAUGAGUUUAUGUUUUUAACGGUUUUGGUACCAGGGCCUAGAAACCCGAAACACCUAAUGGAUAUCUUCCUACAGCCGCUGAUUGCAGAGUUGAACCAACUGUGGGAAUGUGGAGUCCAGACAUAUGACGUUCAUAAGCGUCAGAAUUUUCAACUAAAAGCGGCUCUUAUGUGGACAAUAAAUGACUUUCCCGCUUAUUCUAUGUUGUCUGGUUGGAGCACUGCUGGUAGAAAAGCAUGCCCGUACUGCAUGGAAAACACUGAUGCAUUCACACUGGAUAAAAGCGGUAAACAAUCGUGGUUUGAUUGCCAUCGCAAGUUUUUGCCUCCGAAUCACCAAUUCCGUCGAAAUGUUACUGAUUUCCGUAAGGGGAAACGAGAGGUCGGCAAAAGGUUUGCAGGGGUGAGAACUGGAGAUGAACUGUUAGCAGAGAUUGAUCGACUGGGGUUUAAGAAGGCAUUUGAGCCUGGUGCGAAAGUUACUAAUGCAUUACUGUCAAAAGAUCAUGGGUGGAAUAAAAAAAGUAUCUUUUGGGAUUUGCCUUAUUGGAGAACGAAUGUAAUACGUCACAAUCUCGAUGUCAUGCACAUUGAGAAAAAUGUCUUCGAUAACAUUUUUAAUACCGUUCUCAAUAUCCCCGGGAAAACAAAAGACCAUGCAAAAUCUCGUGAAGAGUUGAACGACAUCUGUGAUCGGCCAGGGUUAGCUAAAGAUCCGGCAACUGGGAGAUUUCCAAAGGAAAUGUAUGCUUUGGAUAGGGAUUCAAAACGAGUUUUGCUUGAGUGGAUUCAGAAAAUAAAGUUUCCAGACGGGUACGCGUCAAACUUGUCUAGAUGUGUUGAUCUAAAGGGGUUGAAAAUGCAUGGAAUGAAAAGUCAUGACUGCCAUGUUUUUAUGCAACGACUUCUGCCAAUCGCCCUUCGGGAGCUACUUCCGAAAAACGUGUGGGAGCCUCUAACAGAGUUAAGUAUCUUCUUCAGGGAGUUAACUUCCACGUCACUGUCACAGGAAGAUCUAAACCGUAUGGAAACUGAGAUACCAAAAAUCCUGUGUAAGUUGGAACGUAUAUUUCCACCCAGCUUUUUUGACUCUAUGGAGCAUCUCCCCGUGCAUCUUCCGUAUGAAGCUAUGAUGGCAGGACCGAAAAUGCUUACGAAUAUUAAUAUCCGGUUACAGAUAUUUGAGGAAAUUGAAAAAAAAGGUCACUAA